CUCAUCACCUUCUCGUCCUCUGCUGGCUCUCCCCGCUACUUCUGUCCUGAACUUUGAGGCGACACUGCUUAGGUUAAAGAGCAAGAAACGCAUCGGAGAGAGAGAGAGAGCGGCAGAGCUGUGUCGUCCUCGUCCUCGUCCUGUUACUCGGGAAGACCGCUCGAGCUCGAGACAUGGAAUUACACGGGGUGCCGGUCUCGUGAAAAGCCCGGUCAAAGCGAAACCACCGGUCCAUGAGCCCGGUCAAACUCCGCCCCACCGCCGCCGCUGCCUCCGGCCGUCUUCCCUAGGAGCGCCGCCGCUUCAUGAUGGCUCAGACCGGCGUCGUGCGGUUCCACGGCAACCUGGACCCGGCAGCCCAAGAGUUCCGUCCGGCCAGAAACCCUAAUCCUCCCUUCUUCGCCCCGCUCCCGCUCCCGCCGCCGCCGCCGCCGCCGCAGCAGCAGCAGCUCUACUACCCGCCGCCGGCCUACGAGGUCCAGGUGGUGCCCUUUCAGUACCACCACCAACAGCACCACGCCGCGCCGCCGCCUCCCGCCGCUUCCGUGGCCCCGCCGCUGCCGCCGCCCUCCCCGACGGCGACGCGGGCGCUGGCGCUCGGCCCGGUGCCGGGGGACGCGAGCGAGUCGUGGGUGCGGCGGGAAUUGGAGGUGUUCGGGGACGUGAGGGCGGUGCAGAUGGAGCGGGCCCGGCGCGAUGGGGUCGUGACCGUCCACUUCUACGACCUGCGGCACGCGAAGCGGGCGCUGAGAGCCAUCCGGGAGCAGCAUAUGCAGCGGCAGUGCCGCCUACGGGACCACUACGGCGCCCUGCCCGCCCCGGCGGCCGAAGAGCCCUGCUGCCUCGGCGGCGCGCCGGCCGGCCUCGCCGCUGGUCCCCCCGCGGUGUGGGCCCAGUUCGUGAUCCCGGCCGUCCACGCCAUCCCGGAGGGGCAGAACCAAGGCACCAUCGUGGUCUUCAAUUUGGACCCGGAAGUGUCCGCGGCAAUCUUGAGAGAGCUCUUCGACCCAUUUGGUCCGGUGAAGGAGCUGAGAGAGACUCCGUUCAAGAAGCACCAGCGGUUCGUGGAAUUCUACGAUGUCCGCGACGCCGCCAAGGCGCUGGCCCAGAUGAACGGCAAGGAAAUCCGCGGCAAGAACGUCGUCAUCGAAUUCAGCCGCCCCGGCGGCUACAACCGCAAGUUCCUGCUCGACGCCGCCAGUCCGAACCCUUUCGCUCACGAUUCGUCGUACCUGUAUAACUCCCCGGCGGCCACCUACCAUGCCAAAAUUCCCAAUAAUUCGCCUCCGCCGCCGCCCCCUCCUCCGCCUCUGCCGUUGCCGCGCCGCGCGGCCUCUCCCCUCGGGCUGCGAAUCCUGCAACCGAGCAAGGCCGACAAGAAGCAACUAUCGGGUCUCGGCGAAGCGAGCCCUAACGUGGCGAAGAGCUCGGUAGUCGAGGCGUCGAUGAGCCGCUUGAGCUUGAGCGGCGGCGAUGCUCAUCGAAGCGAGAGAGUGGAUGGUGAGUAUUGCAACAAAGGGAGCGUUGUCACCGCUAGGAAGAGUGCCAAGAAGAGGCAGGGCAAUAGCGUCAAGCAGCAGCAAUCGCAGUCGUGUAGGAGCAGCAGCGGCAGCAGUAGUGGGAGGCCAUGGAAGAGCAACAAGCAAGGAAGGCACAAGCUCGAUUCGCGGUUCGUCAUAAGCGAGGAGGGCGACGCGGCGGUGGCCGAGGCGAGUUCCGGCGACUCCAGGACCACCGUGAUGAUCAAGAACAUACCCAACAAGUACAGUCAGAAGCUGCUGUUGAACAUGCUGGACAACCACUGUAUUCACUGCAACGAGCAGGUUGGGGAAGACCACUGCGAGGACGACGAUCGCCAGCCGCUGUCCGCAUACGAUUUCGUCUAUCUCCCCAUUGAUUUCAACAACAAGUGCAAUGUGGGGUACGGGUUCGUGAACAUGACGACGCCGCAGGCGGCGAGGCGGCUCUACAAGGCCUUCCAUCUCCGCCACUGGGAGGUCUUCAACUCCAGGAAAAUCUGCGAAGUCACCUAUGCAAGAAUCCAGGGUUUGGAGGCGUUAAAGGAGCACUUCAAGAACUCCAAGUUCCCGAGCGAGGCGGAGCACUACCUGCCGGUGGUGUUCUCGCCGCCGCGGGACGGGAGGCGACUGACGGAGCCGCUCCCCGUGGUGGGGCAGCCGCCGCCGCAGCAGCAGCAGCAGCGGCAGCGGCGCGAGGGGGAUAACGAGAACGAGAUGGAGGGGGGAGACGAAAGGGCGGGGAUUGAUGGGAAUGACGUCUGCUGCAGCGAGGAGGGAGACGGCGGGUGCAGAGGGAGCGGCAGUCAAAGCUCAAACGGCGGCGAUAAUGGUGAUGAUGAUGGUGACAAAGAGAAGAAUUGAAUGCCGGGUCGCGUCGUUUCCCCUCCUUCGGUUCGGUUUUCGCGCGGAGAGAGAGAGAGAGAGAGAGGGAGAGAGAGGAAUGCACAGAGCGUGGGUGCACCGCCCAAUGUGGGGUGGCCGUCGAGCCCUGCGCCAGUAGCCCACCGUCGCACAGCUCCUCCCCCUAUGCCUCUCCCUCCCUCCCGCCCUUCCCUCACGCUCUCUAUCUCUCUCUCUCUCUCUCUCUAGUUUAGUAUGUGCAUGGCUAUUUUGGUGUUUUUUUUUUUUUUGUUCUGUAGAAUCUGUGGUGACGUUUUCUUUAUUUCGCCAGAAAAUAAUCUGUUUUUCUUCUUUUUGUAGCGUUUCUUUUU